AGCAGUAAGCAGCAGACACAAUGGCACCCCAGGCACUGCCUCUGUUGCUGAUGCUGAUGGUGGUGGUCUGGCCUCUGGCAGUAGAACCUGCACCCCCAACCUGCUACUCGAGGAUGCUGACCUUGAGCCGUGAGAUCAUGGCAGACUUCCAGAGCCUGCAGGCUUCAGAGCCUCAGGAUUCAUGUGUGAGGUUCUUGCCCCGGCUCUACCUGGAUAUCCAUAAUUAUUGUGUGCUGGCCAAGCUGAGAGACUUCGUGGCCUCUCCUCAGUGCUGGAAAAUGGCCGAAGUGGACACUCUGAAGGACAGAGUACGGAAGCUGUAUACCAUCAUGAACUCCUUCUGCCGGCGGGACCUGGUGUUCCUCUCAGAUGACUGCAGCGCCUUAGAAUACCCGAUCCCCGAGACCACCGAUCCUCCCCACUGGCAGAGCUAAGAAAGCAGGCAGGCCAGAAGAAUGGCCCAGAGGCCUGAAGCUGGGCCAGCUUAUCCAGUGCUAGACCUGCCUGCCACGUGUCUCUCCACCUCCUGGAACACCAGUUAGGGUUGGAUAGCCAAGCGUGCUUUGUAGUACACAGAUUGGAAGCUCAGCCUCUAAGUGUCUCAUCCGGGUACCAGAAGCACAAACAGUAUCGUGCACGUUGACUUGUCUUUGGGGGCCAAGCAGCUCGAGAGCAGCAAAACCCCAUGUCCUUGUGACUGCUUUAGUGACAUAAUGGGACCAUUCUUUCUGCUCUCUGCCUACACCUGAAGAGGCUUCGACUUUAUGCUUCCUUCCUGCGCAAGCUUUCCUUCCUGUCUCGCAUUUUAAAGCAUUUUUACUGCUUUCACAAUGUAUUACAAGGCUUUUAUAUAGUGUGAAGGAACCACCCCUUCACUUUAAGGGUUAUGCAUACCAAAUAAACCUUUACUG